AUGAAAAAGCAUAAGACUAAAUCAGAUAAAUUAAGUAACAAUGAAAGUCCAAAUGUAUUAGUUUUACCACCCAAACUAUUAGAAAAACUGGGUAUUUCUUUAGGAAAUAUUGACUCAGCCAAAGUAGAUGUGAAACCAAAAGAACAUGCUGAUGUUAGAAAAAAUGUAAAGGAUUCUUGUAUAAACAGUAAAAACAUUAAUGAUUUAUCUGAAUCUGAUUUAAAUGGGGAACCAUCCUUUGAUUUUGAAUCUUCUUCCCCAACUUUUGUAUCAUCGUCACCACAAAACAAUCUUUCAUUAGAUGAGACGUCUAUAAUGAAAACUGCCAAUUUAAUGAAAAAGUCUGUGUUUCUUAGUCCUACAUUUUCUUACUCUCGGUCACAUUUAGAGCCUAAUAGUAGUGAAGAUGUUAUAUCAAGUUGUAACAUACCUGAUAUAAAUGUUAAAAACUUAGAGCCCACUCACAUUGGUGAUGGUGAAUGUAGCAAAAUAGAAAGUAUUGUAGACACUCACAAAUUUGAUACAGAUACAGAAAAAGAACAGUUAGAUUGUUGUAAUCAAGAUAUGGUAAAUGUUAAUAAGAAUGCCAGUAAAAAACUUAAAAUAAAUGUUAUAUCAGAGGAGAUAAUUGCACCAACAGAAUGUAGACCAAUAAGGCAUUCACCUAAAGGCUCCACACUUAUACCGGUUUCAAUAGACUCUGUUAUAAUAAAAGCAAAAUCAAUAGUAGUUUCUAAUAACCAAGAUUCAGAAGAAGAAUCAAGGCAUAUAGAUAGCUGUAGUGAUCACAGUAACAUGAUAAAUGAUAAUACUCUCAUUUGCCAAGACAUCCAUGUUGAAAAUGAAGUGCCCAAGGGACAUGAAGAUAACAUAUUGUCUACUGAUUCAAUAAAACAGACAGCAGCACAUAUUGUAAAGGAGGUCUUAGAAACUUCUGAAGUAGAAAUAAAUACAGAAGUAUGCAAUGUGGAAAUGUCACACGAUAAUUUACAAAAUGAAUUAAAUACUUAUAAAGAAAAUAACACUGAUAAACAAGGCAAAAAUAAUGUAUUAAUGGAAAUUGAAAAUAAAAAUAAGGAGAAAAUGGUACUCGCAAAUGAAAUGGCUACAGUAACUGAAUCAAAUAUUGGUAUAAAACCAAAAUAUUUAGAAAAUGUACAAACAAGCACACCUGUAGAUAUUCAGCAAAUUGUCUCUAGUAAUAAUGAUUUAAUUGAUCCUAAAGUAAACAAAAGUGGUAAUGAUAAUGAAGUUCCAAAGGUAACACAAAUGAAUGAAGUUAUUUCUUCCAAUACGGAUACAGUGUGUAGAGUAAAUCGUCGUGCAGUGCAACCUAAGUCAUGCAUACAGGGUGUUGAAAAGCCUGGUGGUGAGACAAAUAUUUUAUUGCAAUUAAAAAUAGAAGACAAUAAAAGGACAUACUCAAGAAGGGUUAGCAAUGUGAAGUUGUCCACUACAAGUCGGGAUAUUCCCAAAGAAAACUUAGCUAAUAUAGAUUAUAACAUUACUGAAAAUAAUGAUUUGUAUGAUAGUGAUCAGUUGUCUAAGUUUUGUAUUUGUUCAGACUAUGGAUACCUGAAGAAUUAUGAUGAAGAUUGUUCACAGCAUAUUCACUUUUUUAAUCAAAGGGCACUUGGGUGUUCUUUGGACACUGUGUUCAGCAUUUUUUAUGACCAUUCAAAUUUUGAUUAUAAGGAAAUAUGUACUGAAGAAAUUAGUAGUAACAUUAGUGACAGUCAAUCAGAGAAUAAUCCUCACAUAUGCUUUAAUGAUAUAAUGCUGGAAGACAAUAUUGACGCAACUGACGGAAACUGUAAUGAGAUUACAAAUGUAUGUAAAGUAGGGAAUGAAAAUAACGGUGAAGGAAUAGUUAAAGAAAUGGUACCUAAUUCUGGGAUUAGUCUUUCUAGCCCAAUGGAGGAACCGAAACCUGAUGAUUGUCAAAAAUCCUUUUGUAAAACAAACACAGCAAAUGCAACAGAUUGUGAAAUGGUAAAAAAGACAGAUGUACAACCGGAAAAACGCCAACAUCAACACUCAAUACAGAAACGGAAACGGUUAAGUUCAGAUGAAAGUCCAUUAAUUAAUUUAAAGAGAUCACGCACCCAAACCACAGAACCAGAUUCUAAUCAGACCACCACCUUCAAACAAGAACCAAUCCAGCCACAUGAAACCGUUUGUGGUAUUUGUGAUGAAAGUAUCGACGAUUCAGUUUGGUUUGAACAUAUCUCUACAAAACAUAGUUAUUUGGCGUGGAAAAAAGGCGACAUUCCAUUGGACUUUUCCAGUGAUUCCGUAGUAAAGGAGCACCUCACGAAGAUGUUGAAUAUGUUUGGUGUCUUAGUUUGUGGGAGGUGUGGCUUAGCUCAGAAAAAUAUACGUAAAUAUCUAUACCACGUCAACGCGUGCGACGCUGAGCCGGGUUCAGUUGUGUUGUUUCUUCCGAACAGCGAACUUGGUGCUGUGUCGAAAUGUUCUGUGUGCAAAGAAGAGGUUACGGAUUGGUUUGGUCAUAUCGGCAAAAUGCAUAACUAUCUAGCGUGGAAGGACGGGGAGACCCCAGUGGAUCUCAGCAAUAAACUGGCCGUGUGUCAAUAUCUUGGCGUGAUUUCUGAACAAAACAGAGGAUUGGUUUGCUCGAAGUGUGGUUGCCGUCGUAAAUAUGUCAAAGCAUAUCUUCAUCAUAUACUUCACUGCGAUGGCGAACAGAAUAUGUCAAUGGAGACAAGCAUAAAUAAUUCGAUGACUUCAGUUAAGUGUGGCGUUUGUAAUGUGGAGGUGACAGAAGAUAUGUGGAUUGAUCACAUUCAGAGUAAACACAACUACAUGGCGUGGAGACACGGAGAAACGCCUCUGGAUGUAAACGAUAAAGAAGCUGUACAUACUCAUUUGUAUAAUAUAUCCAAACAAAUAAACGGAUUGGUUUGCUCGAAAUGUGGCUGUCGUCGUAAAUAUGUGAAAGCUUUCCUCCAUCACAUAGACCACUGCGAUGACGACGAGCAGAAUACAUCUGUAGAGACUAGCAUAAGAGAGACUAGCAUACCUAAUUCUAUACCUCCAGUGAUUUGUGGAGUCUGUAAUGUGGAGGUGAUAGAAGACAUGUGGAUGGAUCACGUCCAGCGUGAGCACAACUACCUGGCUUGGGUACAUGGGGAAACGCCGUUGGAUCUGAACGAUACGGAAGCUGUACAUAACCAUUUGUAUAAUAUAUCCAAAAGAAUAAAUGGCUUAAUCUGUCCGAAAUGUGGAUGUAUGCGCAAAUACGUCAAGUUAUAUUUGAAACAUAUAAGCCAGUGCACGGGCGAUGUUGGUAAUUCCAGUAUUGAAAUGACGCCGAAUACACGAAGACACCAUAGAAGGCACUCAGUGACUGCGUUGGAAGAUACACCCAAUAAAACUGUUGAUAUUCCAGUUGCUUUAAUCAAAUGCGGUGUUUGCGAAGCGGAGAUUGAAGACAGUGAGUGGAUAACCCAUAUCCAGCAAGAACAUGAUUACUUGGCGUGGAAACAAGGAGACACGCCUUUAGACAUCAAAAACAAGGAAGCUUUGUAUACACACUUGUACAAUAUUUCUAAGCAAAACAAUGGCCUGAUUUGCUCUAAAUGUGGAAUUUGCAGAAUAUAUGUGAAAUCUUAUUUGCAUCACAUUAAGAGCUGUAAGGAAAACUAUGCGGCUGAUUUCACUAAUGAUUCCAUUGCAAAUAGUACUACAGCAAGUGUGGAUUUGAGUAUGGAUUCAGAAAUUGUAAACACUCCGGUGAAGUGUGGCGUGUGUAAGAAAACGAUAGAAAACCGAAGUUGGAUCGAUCACAUCGCUGCUGAUCACAAUUAUCUCGCUUGGACAGAAGAUGACAAGCCACUAGACCUAAAUGACGAAGAAGCAUUAAGACUGCACUUAUACGAUAUUAUACAGAAACAUGGCCCUCUGACUUGCAACAUUUGUGGUCUGUGUCGUAAAUAUGCGAAGUCGUUCCUUAGUCACAUCGCCUCUUGUUCUGCGGAACAAAGUACAACGGAGCAAGAAGAUGUUGAUAUAAAAUGUGGCGUUUGUAAUGCAGAACUAAAGUCGUCAGGUUGGGAGAACCAUAUAAUGCGAGUACAUAAAUACGUUGCGUGGAUAGAGGGACAAACACCUAUAGAUGCUACAAACGAAGAGGCCGUGCACGAUCAUUUGUAUGCAUUGUCAAAAAAAUUUAACGGUCUGAGGUGUAGUAGAUGCGGAGUGAUAAAAAAAUACGUCAAAUCCUAUAAUGCCCAUGUCGAGAGUUGCAAUGCUGAACUUCAAAAUUAUUGCGAAGGAGAUGGAGUUUCAGAUUUAUACGAAUGUGCUCUAUGUCAUGAAAAGGGUCCUAUGAAUGACUUUAAAAAUCACGCAAUGGACCAACACUAUAAUGUUGCUUGGAUGGUUGGAACUGUGCCUAUCGACGUAAAAAAUAUAACAUCAAUCGAAAGAUUUUUGAAAGAUUACAAGAAAAAGUAUAAAAAACUCGAGUGUAAGAAUUGCGGAUUGAUUAGGGCGUCACUUGCCGGAUUCUUUGCGCACGUUAUACAAUGCGGACACAGCGAAGAGGAAACCGAGAUUUACAAGUCCCUGUGUGAAAUUUGCAAUAAUAAAUAUGUGGGCGUGUAUAAAUAUUCACAUAUGAUCACACACCGCGUGCAAGAAGAAAGCAAACUAAAGAAAUUGAAAGCCGAAGAACCUACUGAAGUCAAAGAAGAAGACCGAAGCAGUGUGCGAAAAGCGGCUAAAAAAGCUCAAAAAGUCAUCAAGAAAUUUACAACAGAGAUGCCCAACGAUGGUUUAAAGAGCGACGACGAAGGCGAAUACAGUCCAGUGGAUGGUAGCAGUAGCAGUAGUGAUUCCGAAAUACACGCUGAGAUAGAGCCGAGUUCCGAUAACGCGUCUCCGGAAUCAGAGCCAAAUGUUUCUGACGACGAAGAGAAGACUUCCAAGCCAAAGAAGAGUGCAGAGACGAUAUUCAUGACUACAAAUCUAAAAAGGAUACCAUUUUCCGUAAGGGACCCGGCGUCGUACAUUGCUAAUAGUUUUAGAGAUUUUUCCAGAACUCAUUUUACGACAAGUACCUUGUUCCCGCAUUGGCUAACAUGUGACUAUGCAUUAGUACCUGACAAUGAACUGGUUAAGUACAUGCCACCAUUAAAGGAAUCGUGUAGAGUUGAGUUUGCUUCAAACCCAUCUACCACGUAUAACUUGUUCGAAGCCAGAUUGGAUUUUGGGACCAGCUUGUUUGUUGGUGCGUGUAUACAAAGCGUUGGUUGGGUUCCGUGUCGCUCGGACGAGGAGGAGCAGGCCCGCGCUUAUUUGGUCGUCAACUGUCACAAUGGUAUCGACUCACCGCGAGUACAAUCCUCGCAAGUCCUACAACAUCCAGGCCUCAUACAGAUUUGGGAUUUUCAAAAUAUGAAUGUGUUGCCCUCAUUUGCAUUUGGGUUAGCCCACGACUAUGGUACCGUGUGGGGAAUGGACUGGUGUCCGUCUGGCGCUUGCGAGCUAUUAUCUGAUGAAACAGAAGGUUUUACAAGAAUGGGUUUACUGGCGGUGGCUUGUUCAAAUGGAUCGGCAUAUAUCUUCUCUGUACCACAUCCAGACAGCAUCAUAAAAGAUGACGUGAAGAUCUUCAGGUUGAAGCCUGUCGCAGAAUUAAAAAUGUUCCGAGAUGACGAUCGUAAUUGCCAAGCGACUGCUAUUAGUUGGUCACCUCAAAAAGACCAUUCGUGUAUAUUGGUCGGUUAUGCCAAUGGAAUGAUGGCAGCUUUUGAUCUUAAUGGAGAUUCGCCUCUCCUAACUGACGUGAAAGAAGGGGUUAAGAUAUAUUAUCCGUUCUUUGAUGAGCGACCGCACACUGCAUGUAUUACAGAUGUCAAGAUAUUUUCGAGCGGCAGCAAGGUGACGAGUAAUUGGUCCGGGGCUGUGUCCGCGUCAUCUGCUUGCGGAGCUUCGGCAUCCCUGGGCGGUACCGGAUGGCAACGCGCUGGCGAAACUCAUUUGCAGCUUACAGCUGAAAAGCUCUUACCCAUUCCUCAUUGGCCUGCACCGAUCCUCGCGGGAAACAGUGAUAUUAUUACGCAAGCGAUCAACGAGAUAGAUUGGUGGGGCGCGGGACGGCGGAUCGGGUCCAUGAGCACCGCUUGUGGAUGCUUAGUGUGCUCGCGCGUUGCAGCCUUCUUCCCACCCCUUCUCAAGACCAUGUUUGUGAACCCCGUUUUCCAUGAUAGAAGAGACAUUAAAGUCAAAGCUCGUAUAGAUAUAAUUUCCUUGGAAAAGUCAAAGAAUGAACAAGAGACUUCAAAAGCUUCGUCGGAGCCCAGCAAUUAUGAGGAUGCGAUAAAGAGAUACGGGGUUAAAUUCUCGCAUUCUUCAAGCCUUAAAAAGAACGACCUCUCACUUCAAAUGAACAAGCCGAAGCCACGGAACGUCGAGCGCUACCCUCUAGCAGAUGUUACCUCUAUGUCCUUCUGCUCUUUACCCAAGUAUCAUAGGAAACUCGCAAUUGCCAUACACAGUGGUAUGAUCUUUGUUAUCAACGCCUGA